CCCAUUGUGAAUCAGUUCAUCUAACUCACCAAAUCAAAACCAUGACAUCCAUAAUGAAACUUCACACUCCCCUUCUCUCACUUUUCAUACUACUAUUGUCAUCUCCCACAGCCUUCUCAGACUCAUCUUCUUUGCCCAACAAGUUUUACCAGUGCAUUUGCACUACCACUGGUUCCUCUGUUUUUUCCUCCCCAGCUUUCUUCACCCCAAACACCGCCACUUUCGCGACGGCCCUCCAAUCCACCGCCCAAAAUCUCCGGUGCCUGGUUCCCUCUGUCUCCAAGCCGCAGCUCAUCUUCACCCCUCUUUCUGAGGCCCAAGUUCAGGCCGCCGUUCUAUGCACCAAACAGCUCGGCCUUCAGAUCAGAGUCCGCAGCGGCGGCCACGAUUACGAAGGGCUGUCCUACAUUUCCCGGCAGGGAACGCCCUUCGUGAUCGUGGAUAUGUCGAAGCUGCGGGCGGUGAGCGUCAAUGUGGCGGAUAAUACCGCUUGGGUUCAGGCCGGGGCGACGGUCGGAGAGCUUUACUACAGAAUCGCCGAGAAAAGCAACGUUCUUGGUUUUCCGGCGGGGCUCUGCUCCAGCUUGGGAAUCGGCGGCCACAUCACCGGCGGCGCGUACGGUUCAAUGAUGAGAAAGUACGGUCUCGGGGCGGAUAACGUUGUCGAUGCGAGAGUUGUGGACGCCAACGGGAGGAUUCUGGACAGGGAAGCCAUGGGAGAGGAUAUGUUCUGGGCCAUCCGGGGCGGCGGCGGCGGCAGCUUCGCCGUCUUACUCUCGUGGAAGUUGAGAUUAGUUCCGGUCCCGCCCACCGUGACCGUCUUCACAGUUCCAAAGACUCUGGAACAGGGGGCGACCACGAUUCUCGAGAAAUGGCAAAACGUCGCCGAUAAGCUCGACGAGAAUCUCUUCAUCCGGGUGAUCAUCACGCCGGCGAAAGGCGGCGCGUUAUACCGGACGAUCCAAACCGCCUACAACGCGAUGUACCUCGGCACCGCCGACCGGCUGUUGACCGUCAUGAAACAGAGCUUCCCGGAGCUCGGACUAACCAAACAGGACUGCAUCGAAACGAGCUGGAUCAAUUCCAUCCUCUACAUCGCCGGCUACCCCACAAACACCCCGCCGGAGAUUCUCCUGCAGGGGAAACCUCUGUUCAAGAACUCCUUCAAGGCGAAAUCCGACUUCGUCAGAACACCCAUUCCGGAAACAAGGCUGAAAGGGCUGUGGAAGCUCCUCCUCAAGGAAGAAUCACCGCUGAUGAUUCUCAACCCGUACGGCGGAAAGAUGGCGGAGAUUCCGGAAUCUGCGAUCCCAUUCCCGCACAGGCACGGCGUCAUUUACAAAAUCCAGUACGUCACCAGCUGGAGCGAGGCGGACGAUUUGACGGCGGCGAGGCAUAUCGACUGGAUCAGAAAGCUUUAUGCUUACAUGGAGCCUUACGUUUCCAGUUUUCCGAGAGAAGCUUAUGUGAAUUACAGGGAUCUGGAUUUGGGGAUGAACAAGAAUAACGGGAAUGAUACGUUAAUGGAGGCCAGCGCGUGGGGAAACAAGUAUUUCAAGAGCAAUUUCAACAGGUUGGUGGAGGUGAAGAGUAAGGUUGACCCGAAGAACUUUUUCCGGCAUGAACAGAGUAUUCCGACGCUUACGUCACUGGUACAGUGACCUAAAAGGGGUCAACGACUUUCAAUAUUUUCUUAUAAGGAGUAUAUUCUUAUUUCUACGUAGUAAUAUUAUUAUUGUUCACUGUCUUCGUUCUCUUUUGUGAUCUUUAAAUAAACAUGCAAUGACAAAAAUAUGUUCCCUCCAUUUGUUCACUUUUGAUAACUUGCUCUGUUUUUCUCCAUUGUUGCUUCGGUUAUUCUCUCAAAUAUAUAGAUGUCCUUACCUUUUUG